AUGACCACCCUAAGGCCUCGAGAGCCAUACACGCCGGAGGAGCUCGAGAAGCUGUACCCAGCCAACCUCGAGCUCCGUCUCGUCCAAGUGCUCCUGCGGCAUGGCGAGCGCGCGCCUGUCUCAGCAGGCCUGGCUCCCUAUUGGCCCUACUGCAACGCAGCUCAACGCAUGCGCUCGGUAGUCAUGUCACAGAACACUUCCUCGUGGGACUCACUACAAUGGCGCCGCCGCCUCGAACGCUUCGGUCCAGACGACGGCCCCAUAAUCGCUGCCGGUGCUGGCGGCCAGGUCGACGGCAUCUGCCAGCUCGGAGAGCUGACUGAUCAGGGUCGUGAAACAACAUACGCACUCGGCCAACGGUUGAGACAUCUCUACGUCGACCAAUUGAAGUUCAUGCCACCCUUGAUCGCCAACGCUGAUCUCAUAUACUUGCGGGCAACGCCCAUGCCCCGCGCGCUGGAGAGUGUGCAGCAGAGCUUUUGGGGCAUGUACCCGCUUACAGCGCGUACGGCGAGUUUCCCCGCGCCGACGAUUGUGACGAGGACGCCGGCGGACGAGACACUGUUCCCGAACGACAGCAAUUGUAGGAGAUUUGCACAGCUGGGGAGGAUGUUUGCUCAGCGCACUGCUGACCGACAUAAUGAUACAGAGGACAUGAGGUACCUCACGAAGCAGAUUGGGCGGUGGAUGCCGGAGACGAGUAAAGAAGUGGCGGUGGAUUCGCAUCCACGGUUAUCGGGGAUUAUGGAUACGAUCAACUCGACACUGGCGCAUGGACCGGAGACCAGGUUGCCGAAAGAGUUCUACGACAAGAAAAUGGCGGCGAUAAUUGACCGAAUUGCGGUGGAGGAGUGGUUCUCUGGGUACACGGAGUCGAGGGAGUAUCGCAAGUUGGGGAUUGGUCCGUUGGCGGGCGAUAUUGUGGAGAGGAUGAUCAGUAAGGUGGAGGGAGCGGGUCUUUCGAUAAACGAGAUUGGAGGAGAGAAUGGGCGGUUGGGUCGUGGCCGUGGCGGCGAGAAGGGAAUACUUUUUGCGAUGUCGGGAUGUCAUGACACGACUCUAGCGGCGCUGUUGACGAGUCUGGGAGCUUUUGAUGGAGAGAAAUGGCCACCUUACACAAGUCACGUCGCCGUCGAACUGUUCCGGAAGAAAGCCGCGGGCGCGAUCACCCCGGUCGAUCCAACGUCAGCCUCAGCACCAACGUCUUCAACUGAGAAGCAAGCCGAAGAGACUCAAGCCCCAGCGAGGCCAGGCUUCCUUUCUUCAAUGCUCGGCCUCUCGUCUUCGUCUCCAAGUGCUCAAAAGCAACAUCUGAACAACGCCUCAACAAUACCUCAGCCGGGUGCGCAGACCCAAGGCAUUGCCCGACGGCCCUGGUCUGAGAUACCUCAGCAUUCCAAAGACAAACUUUCCGGCUACUAUGUACGCCUUCGCUUCAACGACAAGGUCAUGACGGUGCCUGCGUGCAAACGGCCAGGUAACCAUCUAGAGGGCGAUGAGAGCUUUUGUACGCUGGAGACCUUCAAACGGGUGGUCGACGGGUAUACGCCGAAGAAUUGGAAAAUGGAGUGCGGCAUGCGUUUGGGUGAAGGCGCGCCAGGGAUCUCCAACGCAAAGGGCGCGGGGCCGGAGGAGGGUGAGAGGGAGUGGGCUGGCGAGAUUGAGGUUGGGUCCUGA